AUGUCAAGUUCCAGCCAGCGAACCGUCCGACCGGCCGCUUUGGGGAACGAAAGCACUACUUCGGCGGAAAGCACAGGCUCUACGGUCUCAAUAUCGAAACGUCCGUCUCACCGGAAGGAUGAUAUGAACAUGCAUGAACCUGGUUCUGUCUCGGAUCUGACGGUGAUCUGCUCUCGCAUCGAAGUCCACGUCGCCGCCCUGAAAACAAAUGCUGCCGAUCGUAAGAUCUAUUACAAUGGGGAGCGAUUCCAAGCUUACCCGGACCAGUGGGCAAUCCUUGUAGACAAGAGCUACAUUGGACUCAGCAGCCCGCUUCGUGCUAUCCACCCCCAGAAGAAACCCAUCAAUGGCACGCUGGACUGCCACGACCUUGAUCGCAAUGCCGCCGUGUCGUCGGACCGCGUGAUCGUCGAGAACUUCUUUUUCCGCGUGUGUCUGCUUUGGAAGAUCUCCUAUGGUACGUUCGUGUGGGGAACCAAGAUUUAUGACGCCAUUCUACAACUUACCUUCGCGUUGAAAAACUUUCACGUGUCCUCUUGCCGCUUCGUCAAGAUGACAACAGCCAGUACAGUUCUGUACUUGCUCGGUACGCGCGCAUGGCUGAAGAGUCGAAGUCCAAGCGUGCAGCCAUCCAGCGCCUACAUCGAGCACCGCCCGAACGCUUGGCGACUGCAUCAGUACAUUCCGCAGUUUACUUAA